CUUUGUUUUUCGAAUCAAUGCUUUGCUUUAUACUGGAUUUUCGUAAUUUGUUAUUUUAAAAUAACUCAAUAAUUGUAUGUAUCGAUGCAAAUGUACUUACUGUACACUUUUUUAUGAUUCUUCGAAAUGGAAGAUCAGUUUCCGAUACUAUGUUCCUCAAAACCUUUAAAGCCAGAAUUUGUAAAAUUCCAAAGAAUCGCAAUUACCUCCGAAGAUUUCAAACUUGGUCGUGGUCUUCAAAACUCAGUUGUUAUACCGUUCGUUUGUCUGUCUAGAGAUCAUUGUGUGUUUAAAAAAAUAGACGAUAACUGGAUAUUAGAAGACUGCAGUUCCUUUGGCAUUGAAGUAAAUGGAAACAAACUAGGCAAAGGCCAAAAGCGCAAACUAAACAAUCAGGAUGUCAUAAAGCUAGAAUCUUCCAAUGAAUUUGUGUACAAAUUCGUGAGUACAGGUAGUGAACAGUCGACGCCAUGUAAGAGAAGAAAACUAGAGGCAGAUGAGAACCAUGAUUUUAUUGAUAAUGUCAAAAAGAAAUUUGAACAGUCCCAAAGUUGUGAAAUACAGCAUAUUGAGGAGAAAAUCCAGAAUGCGAAACACAUGCAGACCACUAGUAAAAGAUUAAAAGAGCAAUUACAGUUAGAUCUAAGUAGAAAAGAGCAGCAACUGCAUGAUGAUUAUGCGGCUCAGAUAAAGAAGUUGAAAGGGCAGCACGAUGAGGUGGAGCAGCAGAAGGCGCUGCUCAUCGAGGAGAGGGAUCUGCAGCUGGUGGCCGUUAAAGUUGAAAUGGAGGGGAAAAUAGCAUCCUUAAUGGAGCAAAUAUCUAAACAUAAUGAAACCGAGUCAGAGCUGAUUCAAGAAAAUAAUUCUCUCAAAGAGAAGUUAUUAAAAGAGAGGGACGAGUUCCUAUCCGAGCUGAACCGAGAGAGUUCCUCCAAGCAGGAGAUGCUGGACAAAUUAGAAGCCAGGAUAAGGGAGCAGGAAGAAGUGCGGCUAAAAGAAAAGAAGGAGUUGGAGGAGACGCUGCGGAGAGAGACAGAACAACUUAGACUUGCUAAAGAAAAGGAACUGAAAGAAUUAGAAGAGCAAAAACUACUCAGAGAAAAAGAGUUAGAAGAAGAAUUAAAAAGUAUAAAGAGUAAUCUUGCAAAACAGAUAGAGUUACAUGAAAAUGAGAAGCGAGAAGCGGAACAACUCCUCAACCAGCAGAAGGAACACCUCCAGAAACUCAGCGAUGAGGAGAAAUUAAAGAUUAAACAACUAAUAGAGGAGCGUGCGGAAAUCGAAAAGAAACUUGCUUUGGCUGAAGCCGAUGCCGGCAAGUCCGUACAGACAUUAGAGGAACACAUAAAGAAACGUGAGAUAGAACUAUCAGCGCUAGCGGCCGACCGGAUCCAGCAGCAAGCAGAACAGUCCAGCGAGGUCAUCAGCUCCCUGCAGGCGCAGCUGGAGAAGGUGCGGCACCAGCUACAAUCAGUAGAAACCGAAAAGAAAUCCCUCCUCGAGAGCCUAACGGUGACCUGCGUGGGCGAGGGCUCCAAAACAGCCGACGUCGAAGACAUCAUAGAAACCGAGCUGCAGUGCAGCAUCUGUUCUGAACUCUUCAUCAAUGCCAUAACCCUGGGAUGCUCACACAGCUUCUGCAAGUACUGCAUCGACAAAUGGAAGAAGAACAAACGAGAAUGUCCCAUUUGCAGGACAGUAAUAACAUCUGAGUGCAAGAGCAUAGUACUGGACUCGCUAAUCGAGAGAAUGAUGCAAACAUCGGAUGAGACCAAACAAAAGCGGCAAGAGAUCCUCAACGCGAGAGCAGAGCUGGCGGCUAAGGAGGCGACCACUUCCUACGCCGGCACCACUCGCGGAGGUAAUUCAGAUGACGACUCCUCAACCGCCAGCGAGAGCGACAACGACGGGGAGGAAUCGUGGCCGGAGGAGAACGACUACGAGAACUACGACGACGAAUAUGACUGGGGUCCCGCCGACGACUACGAACACCCUCUCGACGUAUUCUUCGGGCGCGGCGGGCGCUUCUUCCGCGACUACCGCGGCCACUAUUCGUCCAGCUCCGAUACCGACAGUGGAUCUGACCUGGAUGCCGACGCCGCCGCCGCCGACGCGGGAACUGCGCGCGGUGCGGGUGCCGCGGGGGGUGGGGGCGGGGCCGCGGGGGGCGGGGCCGGUGCCGCGGGGGGCGGGGCCGGUGCCGUUGGAGGCGCUGCGGGCGUACUUCCAGCAGGGGGCGCCGGUGUCGCAGGUGUUCCACGUGGUCAGGAUGGCGAACGGGCAGCUGGUGCAGGUGGUCGCCGACGGCGCCGCCACGUCCCCGGGCUCCCCGGCGCCUACUACGGCGGCUACGGGCGCUGCUUCCUCUGCCGCGCCCGCGGGCACUGGGCGCCCGGCUGCCCCAACCGGUAACCUCGGCCACCACCCGCCAGAAAACCACUAAACAGAGACAGGGACGAUGGUUUCCGCUCACGUUUUGCGAACGAGCUUUGAGAAUUUCAAACUUGUUAUGCGACGAUAAUUUUAUCCUCGUAAGGCCCAAUGUGCAUUACAAUGUACACUCUAUUUCAAUCUAAAAAAGAUAGGGAAUCAUCAAUCAAAUUAAAAAUAUCCUAUUUUGACGGAUUGAGAACCUUGUACUGAAUUCGUUGUACUUUAUGAAAGUAUCGAAUAUUGCAAAUUCUCGCGCAUAGUAUGAUUUUUACGCUUAAGACCGUAAUCUGUUCAACAAAAGCCAUUGUUUCUUUUCUGCGAGUCUGAGCGCGUGCCAACGGAACAAUGUCGUUUAAAUAGCGGCUGUAUCGUGGUGGUUUUAAGGUUCAAAUCUAUGUAAUAAUAUGAGCGCUCGCCUACAUUGAGGUGGUCGAUGGUCCUACAUUACCAAAACAUGUUACAAGUACGACAAACAUGUUUAAACGACAUUGUUGCUUUGGCACGCGCUUAUACACGGUAGCCCACCGCUAGCUCAAAAGAAACAAUGGCUUUUUGAGAAAAUUCAUACUAUAAAUAGAGUUUAAGGUACCAAUGCCGCGAUACGAGUGAGCUGAAUUAAGAGCGAUGGUUUCUGAUAACUCACGUUUGCGAACGGACUGUGAUUAAAAACUUGCGAAGAAUAAUUCCUUUUGGCAUAGUGUUCCACAUGCUGUUCAGAUUGCGGCCGCAUCUCCUAUUUGUGGUGGUCAUGCCCAACUGUUACCACCGAAUUAUUCCCACAAAUUCACUUGAAUAUCACUAUCUACUGGGAUUUAUUUUUUACCACCGGUAACAACUUGGUGGUAACGAGUGGGAAUGACUCUGUUUAUGCGAUACGUCUUAAAACAAAAUUACAAAGUAAGUGUUAAAACUAAACCAAGUGUGCCAUAAAAUUAGAACUAGUGACUAGAUAGCGUUUCCGAAUACUGUAUUUUAAAAGCCAGUCCAGACCGGAACAAUUUUUCGCCAAUCUGAUUAAAUUGUGUCAUCAAAUCAGGUGGUGCAGACGCAAAGGCCAAUUUGGCUCGCCGAUUAUGACAAUUUCUGUCAUAAUAUGUCUGACCGAUAAAAUGGAGGCGCGGACGCAGGAAUACCAGUUUGUGGCGUUUGUGGACAUUUGUUUGCGUUUGGGGGCAUUUUUUUUAAAUAAAGAGGCCUAAAAUAUCACCAUAAAUCUAAAAUCGGAGAUUGAUGCCAAAAAUUUUUUUUUUCUGAUCAAAUCAGUCGAUUUGAUCAUCCCGUCUGGGCUGGCCUUUAUGGCUGGGCGGGACAGACUGAAUAGUCUGAACCCUCCAGCGGUUGAACUGCUGUUUUUAUUCAACGCUGUGUCAAACUGACUAAUUGUAGAAGUCAAAAUGUAGUUAUAACCUGGGCAAGUCCUUGGAGAAUAAGUAGAAAAAACGAGUCUACUAUGAGUACUAGUAUUUUCUUUUAAAUUUUAAUAAACAUUUUACUACUAGUGUAUGAUGUCUGUAUUGAAGUUAAAACUAGUUGAACAUUAUUUUUUUAGGGAGGUUUAACAAUUCAGAUACAAAGAAAAACGGCAAACCUGCAGGACGCAUUUAUCGACCCUCAAAGAAUUAAGGUUGUAUAGCACAAAAUGUUAAUAGAUUGAAAGUAUUGAAACUAACCACUCGUGUUUGCUUAGACCUUUUAUCUACUGUUAAACCCCCUAUAAUCAAUCUAGAUAUUCUAGGGCAUCUGUAAUUAAAACCACUAUUAUUAUCUUCGUACCUACCGCCCACCAAACGUAACACGUCUACGGAUGGUAUUUGCGUCUCACAUUUUGCUUAGUGAGAGAGUGAGACGCAAUGCACAUUGGACCAAGAAAUUGGACAGGAUGGAAUACGAACCUACAACACGAUAAAAAUUCUGGUGUUUUAAUAAGCAUGGUGUUACGAAUUAAUGGUACUGUGUGAAAUCAUUUAAUAGGUUAUAAUGACUGUGAUAUUAUGAUUUAAAUAACGAUUUUCUAAUCUCUAUGCCAGAUCCGUUGGAAAUUGUUUUCUUUUGUAUUUUCAUGACAAACUAAAUCUGAACUAUACAAGAGUGAUAAUAAAUUCUUUAACACAUUCAAUGCCGAAAACCCGUCUAUGGGGUAUAUUAUGGUUUAUAUGACUAAAUUUUUGUGGCCUGGCGCGGGUGUCCUGUGUGGCUGGUGGCAAUAAAUGUGUUGUGGUUGAAACUUAUUAAAACUGCCUUCCCAGGUAGCAAAGUGGCGUCAGCGACGUCAUAAUGACGUCAUUUAUACGUAAUAAUGACGUAACGGACGUCACAAUGACGUAUAAAUGCUACCAGGAUUAGCAUGGGUAGAUUCACUAGGGGAAAAUGCUCGAUCACAUGCGUCGCCAGCGAUGUUGGAUGUUAAUUCAUUUCAUGUCAAGAUACGUCAGACGACAUCGCCCGACUUAUGACACACAUUAGAGACAAAUUUUACUUAAUGUUGCCAGACAUCUCUAGUGAAGUCCGGCAGCGUCGCGCCACUUCAACUGACGGGCCGACCUCGCUGACGACACGUGUCACGGGACAUUUGUCGCCUAGUGUAUCCCUGGCUUAAUAAUUCAUCCUCCAAGCAUAUUACACUUUAAACUCGCGUUUUGUCAUAAUGAGGGCUAUCGUUUUUUUGCUCACCAGUUGGCGCCUCUGUUGAUGGUGGUCCAAAAGACUAAAGCAUGGAGACUGUAUAAAGGAGCCAAAUCUCUAUUUAUGAAAAGUGUCCAUCAAAAAACAGUAAUUAGGCGGCGCCACCAUACACCGAAAUACUACCAAAAACAACCUACGUAAUUUGGUCGGGUUAUUUGUUGCCUUAUAUGGUUCAUGUUAUACUCAUGUCCCAGAGCCUAACUAGCGCCACCGGAGAGAUUAGGAACUAUUAUUUAAAGUUUAACGCGGCCACUUUUACAACAAUUCUGCCAUAAGAGAUUACGAUCCUUUCUAUACCAUCCAUAGACUAAAGAAAAGCUAUCAGUCAUUGAAGUGACAAGUGACAUUUGACAUUUCGAACUAUUGAAAAGACCACCAUCUACACUAGCGCCCCUAGCGGCGAAUUCAUACGCGUUAGCCCUCAUUAAUGUCAUGACGCGAUUAAAUUUCAUUAUUUUGUCUAUUUUCCGACGUUUCAGCUAGGUUUCACUAGUUAAUGAAAUUUAAUCGCGUUUGACCCGGUAAUGACAUUAAUUAUAUUAAUAAUAAUUCAUUAUAAUGCGGCACGACCACUAAAAAUAAAUCAAGAGAGUGAAAACUAAAUGAUGAUUGUAUGAUUCUUAUCAGUGUCCUUUGAUGUUUGAAUAAUUGAUAAUCAUUAUUCAAAUGUAUCAUGUCAACAUCAUCAGAUAUGUUACAAAAGAUAAGAUGUUAAUUGUUUAAUUUAAAGUUAUGUUAAUAAUUCAGAUUAAAAGAAUAAAGAAGUAUUUUUAA